AGCAGUUUUCAAACAUUGUAGCAAACAAAAUUAGAAAGGAUGUCACUAUAGAUUAUCCACAUUGCUUUAAAACCAUGAGUGAAGCAUCUCUACUGUUUCUUUUGUGCCCAGCAAGAUUAUUUCUGAUCUAUGGAAUCAUAAAUUUCCUAAAUUUGCAUUGCUCCAGUGGAGAAAGGGAUCUUUCCUUUCAAUUAAAUGGAGUUGAUGGCAAUGUGACCAAAGAGCGAUGGCGCCGAUCUCCAAACAGCCUACCACAGCCAAUUGACUGUGUCCUUUCCAGUUGGUCCUCAUGGAGUACUUGUGAACCUUGCCAGAAGAAAAGGUACCGAUUUGCCCGUGUGGAACAGCCUUCACAAUUUGGUGGUGACCAAUGUGAUGACGCUGAUCAAGAAACUGAAGACUGUGUAACAAGCACACCUUGCAGAAACACUGUUCGAUGUGAAGGCUUUGUAUGUGACACAGGAAGAUGUAUUAAUCGGAGGCUACUUUGCAAUGGGGAUGAUGACUGUGGGGAUCAGUCAGAUGAAAGAAACUGCAAGAAAAUAUAUAGGAGAUGCAACCAGCCUGUAGAACAAUACUGGGGAAUACAAAUGCUAGCAAGUGGAUUAAAUAUUUUUACAAACCAUCUGGAAGGCUUAGUUCUUGACCACAGAUACUAUGGCGGUGCUUGUUCUCCACAGAAUAUUGGAGACACCAGUUUCAGGAAGCCAUUCAAUGUACAAAGCUAUUUGGCUGUGACCAAAGGCAAAUUUGACUUUACAUCAACGGAAUAUGAAUCUUACUCAGAUUUCGAAGAAAAUGUUUCCAAGGCCAAAUCGAAACAAGAAAGCUUCAGCAUUGGACUAAAAAUACCAAACGUGUUUCACUUUGGUUAUAGUCAGGAUGAUAUGAGAUACAAAAAGUUCAUUGAGAGAACAAAACAUUUUGCUUCAAUGUCUAGAAAAUUUAUCAAUGCACGUUCAGAGCUGCAAGUUGCAGAGUAUAGACUGAAGAAUCAGAAUCUGAUGCUUCAGUAUGAGUUCUUCCAGCGAGUUCGUCAGUUGCCUUUAGAGUACAAUUAUGGAGAAUAUCGAGAACUCUUCAGAGACUAUGGAACACAUUACAUCACUGAGGCCACUCUUGGUGGUACUUAUGAAUAUACUUUGAUCAUGAAUAGCGAGGAGCUUCAGAAAGCAGGGUACAGUCUGAGUGAUGUCCGAUCUUGUACACAAGCUAGCCUUGAGGUUGGUGGAAACAUUAAAGGAUAUUACAUAACAGUUGGAGGAUCAGGUGGAGCCUGUUCUGCCAUUUUAAAUGAAAUUGGAGAUAAUGUUUCAGAAAAGAAAUUUGUAGAGGAUUUUGUCGUUCUUGUUCGUGGUGGUGCGAGUGAAUCUAUUACAACCCUGGCUUCCAAAGAACUGCCAACUCCAGAACUGAUGCAAAAGUGGGGAGAUGCAGUUCAGUACAACCCUGAUAUCAUCCAGAUGAAGGUGGAACCACUUUAUGAAUUAGUGACUGCAACCACUUUUGCAAAUGCAAAUACACUGAAACAAAAUAUGAGGCGUGCAUUGGAGGAGUUCCAGCAGGAAUCUAGUAGCUGUCACUGCAAUCCUUGCCAGGGCAAUGGGAGUCCUUUUCGGAAAGGGACUCACUGUGAGUGUAUUUGCCCACUAGGACAUCGGGGUCUUGCCUGUGAGGAGACACUAAGAACAGAUGUUGCUGUAGAUGGGAACUGGAGUUGUUGGUCCAGUUGGUCUGCAGGUUCUGGAGGAAAACGAUCAAGAAAACGGGAAUGUAACAAUCCUUCUGCUCAAAAUGGUGGCAAGCCAUGUUCUGGGCUAGCUGUUGAAAGCAUUUAGGAAAAUAUUCAAUAAAUAUAUUUGGAAGAAACAAUCAGAGGUGUUUCCAUAAUACUAUAGAAGUCACAGAGCAGGGUUGCAGGAGUCAAUUUCUGCUCCUGAGAUCUUUUUGGGGCUGCAUGGUCUGCCAAAAAUAUUUCCCUCCCCACUAAAUAAAUAAUACAUAAAAGGACACAUACACCCAUUGGAAUCAUAGAGGGGUCAAGGGCUCCCAAAAACAGACUCUGGGACCACAUUCUGAAUCAGGGCUGUCCAACCCUCUCAUUCCAAUGGGAAGCCCUCCAGAUGUGUUUGACAGCAGCUCCCACCAUGGCUAUGAUAGCCAGGGAUGAUUGAACCUGUCUUCCAACACAUUUGCCUGGUAGUAGCUUGGGAAAGGUGCCAUAGAGCUCAGUUAAUUAAGUCUAAGACAAAUUUCCCCAUUUUAUUUAGAUACUUUAAAUGGCUGUGAAAGAACCUAGAAACUUCUCUCAGUCAUGGAGUCUCUGAUAUGCCUAUGGGUAUAUUUUAUACAAUUAAUAAAGGCUUCUCUUCAGCUCUGCCAUAAUGUAGGAGAAGUUGUAUUGCUGCUCCUUAUGCAUGACAUUUAUGAGUGCCUCUCAGGAAAUAAGAUCCUUUGAGUGGGGAAUAGGUAUGCAGAUCAUACAGAAAGUAUCAACAACAGAUGUUUAUUCCAGGUAUAAAACAAAUAUAUUGUAACUAUUUGUCAUAGGGCUAUUGUUUUGCAUAGAGACUUUGUAAUAUUAAAGGCCAUCCUCUGUCAUUCUGCCAUUAAGAAAAGUCUACCUUUUCCAGUCAAAUAAAGCAAAAUCUACUUCA